GGUAUAUCUAUCUAUCUAUCUAUAUAUGGAUUCAGAAAAUAAUCCAUCUAAUAUGGAAGAUAUUAUACAAUUAAUAAAACAAUCUAAUCAUGAUAUUAAAUCAUUUAAAAUUAUUUAUGAUAAAUUAACAAAUUCUAUAUCUAUAAAUGAAUUAAAUAAUUUUCUAGAAAUAUUAAUUAAUCAUUUAUCUGAAUUACAAAUCAAUACUAUUCAAAAAUUAUUAAUCGAUAAUAUCAAUUUAUCACAUUGGAUUAAUUAUAAUGAUUCAAUAAUUUAUAAAAAUAUCAUACAUUUAUAUAUAACAUGUUUAACAUAUUAUCCAAAUUUAAUUUAUUCUAUAUGUGAUUUAUAUAUUAAUCAAAUAUUUUAUUUAAAAAAUUUAAUUGAACCAUUCAAUUAUCAAUAUUUUAAUCAAUUUAUUGAUUUUUCAUUGGAAUUUUUUAUAUCAAUCUGUCAAUUAUUACCAUUACAAUCAAUGAAUAUUGAUUUAUUGAUUGAUUUAUUAAUAAAAUAUUUUCCAAAUUGGCGUAAAUCAAUUAAAGAAUUAUUAUGGUCAACAUAUCAUUUAAUUAAUUUAUUAUGUCAUCAACAAUUAUCUAAAUUAUUAACAAAUAUACAUAAAUGUAAUUUAUUAUCUAUUUUAUUUCAUAUAAUUAUUGAUAUAGAAUUAAAUCCUAAUGGAAUUCAUUAUGAAAAUAUAUUAAAAUUAUUUGAAAAUACAACAAUUUAUUCAUUAUUUGAAAAAUUUGAUCAAACAAUAUUAAAAACAAAUUUAAACAUUUUAUUUUAUACUAUUGAACAAAUAGAUAAAAUGAUUAAUGAUAAAAAUUGGUUUAAACUUGAAUUGAUUAGUUGGUUAUUAAUGACACAUUUAAGUAGUAUAUGUAUGGAAAUAAAUAAUAAUUCAUGUAUAGAAUUAAAUUGGAAUUUAUUAUGUACAAUAUUUCGACAUGUACGUGAUUUAUUCUCUGAAUAUAUAUUACCAGUUAAUAUAUAUAUGGUAGGUUAUCCAAUAAUUUGUUUUUAUAUAUGUAGUUUACGUGGUGGUUUAAUUAUCAAUUUUAUUGAUUUUUUAUGGAAUAUUAUAAAAGAUUAUCAACGGGAUCAAGAUAGUCGUCUUAUGGCAUUAUCUUAUUUAUGUUUUAUAUUAAUAAAUGGAAAAUAUUGUUUUAUUGAAUUAAUUAUUGAAAUAAUGCAUGAUAUAAGUACAUGGUGUAUUGAUUAUACAUAUCGAAAUCGUACAAUUUUAACACAAUCUAAUUCAAUACAUUUAUUAUCAGAACAUAAAAUUUAUUAUGCUAUAUGUAAUGUAUUAAUUUAUAUAUUUGUACAAUUACAUACAGAAUUAUUAAAUAAUGAAUAUUUUCAAUGUUGUAAUCGUUUACCUAUAGCACAAAUUUGUAUAUCACCAUUUAAACCAUUAAUAUAUAUACCAAUAGAAUUACGUCAAAUAUUUUUUUAUAUUAUAUCAACUUAUCAAUUAAGUUGGUCUAUGAUUAGUUUAACUCAAUCUAUACAUGAACAAAAUUAUUUUCAUAAUAAUAUUUCAUUAUUAACAAUAGAUAUGAUACAAUCUAUUAGACCAAAUCAAAUAAUUCAAAUACCAAAGAAUAAAUGUUUAUUAUCACUUUCAUUACCAAUGAUUAAUUGUUUAUUUCGUAGUAUUAAUAUAGGAAAAUGUUUAAUAAAUCAACAAAUAAAUCAUUCUGAAGAUCAUUCUAAAUCUAAUCCAAGUUUAUCAACAUCAUCAUCUUCUCAUAAAAAACGUAAAAUAGAAUCAACUAUUGAAAAAAGUAUCAUUACUAAUGAAUCUAUUUCAAAAGUUACUAAAGAAUCAGAAUAG